CUAGAAGCUAAUGGGAAUCUACGUUUAUAUAGAUGGGAUAAUGAUGUUAAUGGUUCCCGCCAAUGGGUUCCAGAAUGGGCGGCUGUCUCCAAUCCUUGUGAUAUUGCAGGAAUAUGUGGUAAUGGGAUAUGUAAUCUCGACAGAAGUAAGACUAAUGCCUCAUGUACAUGCUUGCCUGGUGCUACCAAACACGGCAAACAGUGUUCCGAAAACUCACCAUUAAUCCAAGAAUGUAAUCACAGAAACGAUCAGACGUCUCAGUUUAAAAUUUCAACAGUCCAACAAACAAAUUACUACUUCUCUCAGUCUUCAAUUCUAGCUAAUUACAGUGACAUUAAAACAGUUUCAAAAUGUGGUGAUGCAUGUUUAUCAAACUGUGAAUGUGUGGCUUCAGUGUAUGGGUUAGAUGACGAGAAACCUUAUUGUUGGGUGCUAAGGAGCUUGGAUUUUGGUGGGUUUGAAGAUCCUGGUUCGACCCUAUUCAUGAAGAUCAGGUCUAACGAAUCAAUAGAUCAGAACAGAGGUGGCUCAAGUGAUUCGUCAGAUGGGUCUAAUGAUGUCAAAGAGAAGGUUCUCAUUAUCCCAGUUGUUCUUAGUAUGACAUUUCUUGUUGGACUGCUUUGUCUUUUAUUAUACUAUAAUGUUCAUAGGAAGAGAGCAAUGAGGAGAGCUCUUGAGACCAACUUGAUUUUGUCUGGUGCACCCAUGAAUUUUAGCUAUCGAGAUCUACAGAUUCGUACGAAUAAUUUUUCAGAGCUACUCGGAACAGGAGGUUUUGGAAGAGUAUACAAGGGAAGCCUUGUAGAUGGGACUUUGGUUGCAGUAAGAAAUAGACAGAGUUUGCCUCAUGGCGAGAAGGAGUUUAUAACUGAAGUUAAUACUAUUGGCUCUAUGCAUCAUGUAAACCUAGUUCACCUUUGUGGUUAUUGUUCUGAGGGCUCACACCGUCUCUUGGUGUACGAAUUUAUGAAGAAUGGAUCAUUGGACAAAUGGAUUUUCCCUUCACAUACAAGCCAGGAUAAGCAUCUAGAUUGGCCAACUCGGCUCAACAUCGCCAUUGGCACUGCCCAAGGGAUUGCAUACUUCCACGAGCAAUGCAGAAAUCGGAUAAUUCAUUGCGAUAUAAAGCCUGAAAAUAUUUUGCUAGAUGAGAACUUCUGUCCAAAAGUUUCGGAUUUUGGACUGGCUAAGCUAAUGGGAAGAGAGCACUCUCGUGUUGUAACUAUGGUGAGAGGCACAAGAGGUUACUUGGCUCCUGAAUGGAUCAGUAAUCGACCCAUUACAGUAAAAGCUGAUGUCUACAGCUAUGGCAUGCUUCUUCUGGAGAUUGUUGGUGGGAGGAGAAAUCUUGAUAUGUCUUUUGAUGUAGAGGACUUCUUUUAUCCUGGAUGGGCUUUUAAGGAGAUGAUAAAUGGGACAGCAACAAGAGUUGCAGACAGGAGAUUACAAGGGGCAGUGGAAGAAGAAGAGGUGACAAGGGCAUUGAAAGUUGCCUUUUGGUGUAUCCAAGAUGAGGUGUCUGUGAGGCCUUCAAUGGGCGAAGUGGUGAAGAUGUUGGAAGGAUCAGUAGUGGAAAUAAACACACCGCCCAUGCCACAAACUGUCUUGGAAUUGAUUGAGGAAGGGCUGGAUAGUGUGUACAGGGCCAUGAAGAGGGAGGUUAAUCCCUACAGUUCCUUUACCAUUACUACUCAAGCUUCUUUUCGCACUCAGGCUACUUGUAGUUAUUCCACAAUGUCGCCUAGAUAAUAAUAAUAAUAAUAACAAUAAUGUCUAAAAGCAAAGGAAAAUUUUGUUAAAUUUCUCUACAUGAUCUAAAUUGAUCGAUAGGUUUCUAAUCAUGACAAAGUUCUGGUCAAACUGUUCAAUUGGCCGAAUAUCAAAUCAG